AUGAUUCACUUUUGUUUGGCCCACACGGCCUACCACUUGCACUGCUGGCUGCCCAGGUCGCAUCGCCUCAGACUCCAGGUGACAGUGUUCUUGUUUGGCAUCACCUCUCUGGUUCUCCAGUUCUACGUUCUGCUAAGGCCCAGAUCAUCUCGAUACUGCAGUCAACCUCUCCUGACCAACCUGGUGGGUAACAUCAUCUUUACUUUCUUCACACUUGGUUUUACUGUGCUGCUUCUGCAGAUGGAACCAGUCCCACAGGCACUGAAGAGGAUGUUUUUUGUAUUUGGUGCAGGAUCCUUCAGUGAAGGAGUCUGCACCGUGGUGUUAACAAUUUUGGCAUCAGACUGUGAAAAGUCAACCCCUGAACUUUACUACUGGUCGGUGCUGCUGUCGGUGGGCAGCCUGGUGUCUACAGUUCUUUUCUCAGGCAUGGGGCUCAUCCAGCUGUCCAGGGUGACCUGUUCAAGGCCAGAUGCUAAAAGCAACUGUCUGAAGUUGGCCUUUGAGUCCUGCUGGUCUCCAAACUCAGACACCCGUCCCAGGCAGGCCAAGCCUGUCCCACCAGCACUACCACAUGUCAGCAAGCCGGCGACCAUCUGCUGCUCUGCUGCCUCUUGAGUGGUCAGCUGAACACCACUGUCAACAGCAGGAGGCACGCCAAGACCGGUCAUUUGGAAGGAAAUUGUUUUUAAGUAUU